AUGGUUGCUUUCUCCUCUAUCCUCCUCGCCCUCGGCAGCGCCACAGCGGCUCUCGCCUCGCCCCUCAACCUCAUCCUAGAGGCUCAAGCUCAGGAAGAGUCUGCCAACCUGACUGCACGCGCCACCCCCGCUGGCACUGGCAUGAACAAUGGCUUCUUCUACUCUUUCUGGACCGACGGUCAGGGUCAGGUUACUUACAACAACGGUGCCGCUGGAAAAUACGAUGUUCAGUGGUCCAACGUUGGUAACUUUGUUGCUGGCAAGGGAUGGAACCCUGGCUCUGAGCGUGUAGUCACGUACUCUGGUACCUGGAACGCCGCCAACGUCAACUCUUACAUUUCGCUCUACGGAUGGACUCGCAACCCACUCAUUGAGUACUACAUAGUCGAGUCCUACGGCUCAUACAACCCCUCUUCUGCUGCUCAGAAGAAGGGCUCCGUCACCUCUGACGGCGGUACAUACGACAUCCUCCAGACUACCCGCACCAACCAGCCUUCUAUCGACGGCACUGCUACCUUCCAGCAGUUCUGGUCGGUUAGGACUAGCAAGCGUGUCGGUGGUACUAUCACUGUCAAGAACCACUUCGAUGCUUGGGCCAAGUACGGACAGAAGCUUGGUACGCACAACUACCAGAUCCUCGCUACUGAGGGUUACCAGAGCUCUGGCUCUGCUAGCAUCACUGUUGAGGGUCCUUGA